AUGGGCGACCAGAAACGAAUGAAGGAUCUGUCGACGGGUCUUGCACUCGCUGCGGGUAAGAAUGAGGCGGCUCGUGCCAAGGCGCAAGCGAAUUUAAGGAGGAUACGACGGCACCGGACCGGCGCCGCGGUAGACCAAGAUGGCAACGAUACAUCGGAAUAUGCGGAUGCGGUAGAGGAAGGCCUCGUCCUCAACGAGUAUGAGAACCAAGUAGCGCUCGAAGUGGUUGCUCCAGGAGACAUACCCGUCGGGUUUGAUGCCAUCGGAGGGCACGACGACAUUAUCGAUGAACUCAAGGAAUCCAUCAUCUACCCAUUAACGAUGCCACAUUUAUAUCGGCACGGCGGCGCGCUCUUGGCAGCGCCCUCAGGGGUGUUGUUGUACGGCCCGCCAGGUUGCGGCAAAACAAUGUUAGCCAAGGCAGUGGCUCGUGAGAGCGGCGCCUCCUUCAUCAACCUUCACAUUUCAACUCUGACGGAGAAGUGGUACGGUGAUUCGAACAAGCUGGUUCGCGCGGUGUUCUCCCUGGCCCAGAAGCUUCAACCAGCCAUCAUCUUCAUUGAUGAGAUGGACGCUGUCUUAGGGACUCGGAUGAGUGGGGAGCACGAGGCCAGCGGCAUGGUCAAGGCUGAAUUCAUGACUCUCUGGGAUGGCCUCACAUCAACGAACGCCUCGGGCACUCCCAACAGGAUCGUUGUGCUAGGCGCCACGAACAGGAUCAACGAUAUUGACCCAGCGAUCCUCAGGAGAAUGCCCAAAAAGUUCCCCGUUUCGCUCCCUAAAUUCGAGCAAAGGCUGCGCAUCCUACAACUUGUCCUCGGUGACACCAAGCGUGACGCUGAGAAUCUAGACCUUGAUUACAUCGCCAAGCCCAGUCAGCCGAGCAGCACUGGUGCAAAUUCCAAGAUAUCGGGUGACGAAUCCAGCCCUGCGUCCCAGGCCGCCAACAAGGUCUUCACCCAUGUUGACCUCGACGGCCAUGCCCUCCCCCCUUCUCCAGCGCCAUCUAGCCCGCUCUCCGGGAGGAAGCGGUACGCUCUAGCCACGGAAUUGGUGUAUACCGACUCCAAAGACCAAUACGGCGCCUCCAGCAUUCCCAUUUAUCAGUCUGCCACCUUCAAGCAGACGUCGUCCAGCGGCGGGAGCGAGUACGACUAUACCCGGUCGGGAAACCCCACCCGAACGCACCUCGAGCGCCACAUGGCCAAGAUCAUGAACGCCAGCCGCGCCCUGGCCGUGAGUUCUGGUAUGGGUGCCCUCGAUGUGAUCACACGCCUCCUCAAGCCCGGCGACGAGGUUAUCACUGGUGACGAUCUGUACGGUGGCACCAACCGGCUUCUCACGUACCUGAAGAACAACCAAGGGGUAAUUGUGCACCAUGUUGACACCACCAAUGCCGACACCGUCACGGAGGUCAUUUCGGACAAAACCGCCAUGGUGCUUCUCGAGACGCCGACAAACCCGUUGAUCAAGAUUGUGGACAUUCCAACGAUCGCCCGGGCCACGCACCAGGCCAGCAGCAAGGCAGUGGUUGUGGUGGACAACACCAUGCUCUCUCCCAUGCUCCUCAACCCGCUCGACAUUGGCGCCGAUAUUGUCUACGAAUCUGGGACCAAGUACCUGUCUGGACACCACGAUAUCAUGGCUGGCGUGAUCGCGUGCAACGACCCCGCCCUGGGUGACAAGAUGUACUUCACAAUCAACUCGACCGGUUGCGGCCUGUCGCCAAACGACUCCUUUCUGCUCAUGAGGGGUGUCAAGACACUGGCCAUUCGCAUGGAGAAACAGCAAGCCAACGCACAGCGAAUUGCCGAGUUCCUCGAGUCCCACGGGUUCCGCGUCCGGUACCCCGGCCUGAAAUCCCACCCGCAGUACGAUCUCCAUUGGUCCAUGGCACGGGGCGCUGGCGCUGUGCUCUCUUUUGAAACCGGAAACAUUGGCCUCUCAGAACGGAUCGUCGAGGCUGCCCGCCUAUGGGGUAUCAGCGUCAGCUUUGGCUGUGUCAAUAGUCUCAUCAGUAUGCCCUGCCGUAUGAGCCAUGCUAGCAUCGACGCCAAAACCCGGGAAGAGAGGCAGAUGCCCGAGGAUAUUAUUCGACUUUGCGUGGGCAUUGAGGAUGCAGACGACCUGAUUGAAGACCUCUCUCGUGCUCUUGUCCAAGCAGGUGCCGUGACCGUCACACUGGACGGUUUCCAUGUGGGCGACGCCACCACCUCGGCCUAG